AUGGCCCCCCAAAAACCAUCCGCAACCGCCCUCCGCCACGCCCGCAUCACAAACGCAAUCCAUCCCCUCGCUCCCCCAAAAACAUUCCGCCCCAACGCCUCAACAACAGACUCCUUCCUCUCCACCAAGCGCGACAAGCGCACCAUCAAGCACUCCGCCUUCAUCUCCCGCGUCGCCUCAUCCUCCAACCGCAUCUCAAAAUCAUCAAAGACCCGCCGACGGUCCUCAAAGUCAACAACAAAAAACCAGCUCAGCUCGCUGGAUAGUCUAGCCGAUGCCCUCCCCGAACUCGCAGACGGCGAAGGCGCAGCAGAGGUCCUGGACGGCAAGAUCAAGCACCAGAGCUUGAGGAGUAAAAGGGGCGCGCUGAAGAGGAAGGAGAGGUUGUUGAGGGGCGAGAUGGCGAGGUUUGGCGUUAGCAUGGCGCAGUUGUCGACUGUUUCUGCGGCGGCGCAGACACAACAACAACAGGGUGCUGCUGCUGGUUCCUUCAACAACAACAACAAACCCGUGGCCGAGACGAAGAAGGCGGCGGAGGAGACGAAGCAGCCGGCUCCGGCGCCGGCGGUGUCGAAUCGAUGGGCUGCGUUGAGGGGAUACAUUUCUGCGACUAUGGAGCAGAACCCGGCGUUUGUGAACAAGCCUUGA